AUGUCGGCCUCACACAAACGCCAGCAUCGUCGUCGACCCACCUAUGAUCCCGGGAACGGCCCACAUCCAAUUGCCAUCCGUGUCGGGAGCAGGCGUAGCGCCACCAAAUACCAUGAAGUCGAAGCGUAUGGCCCCCGAGACGCGCCAAGAUUCGCAAGACUCGUGGACGAACAGACUCGCGCUCAUCCAAGAGAUCCUCUCGUCAUUGCCGUCAAUGGCUUUGAGCCUUGGCUCGGCGACGUCCUUCAUUCCUGCAUUGAGGACUACUGGUCCGAUAUUUCCGACCUGGAUCGCUCGGUGCAAUUUGGCAACGCGAUGCAAUUUCCGGAAAAGGCCAGCAAGCGUGGGAAGCAUGUGCCGUGGACUUUUGUCAUCGAGUAUGUCUACAUUUCUCGUCGAGAGCUGCCUCUUGUUGACCCUUCUCAAGCCAUAUGAACGUGCCGCAAGUCUAUUACUGGUCCGUGGACCUGGAACCUCCGACAUGGGAAGACAACGGACUGCCUGACAUGAAAGACUUUCGCUUUCGGACUGGAGUAUGGUUUUGCGCCCGUGGUGCUUGCCGUUUCGACCCCCAGAUUUCCGUGACAAUCAUCUUCACCAGAGCGACUGCGGUCUCUGAGCACGUCGUGACGGAGCGUAUGUUUGACUACCUAUGGCGCGAUCAAGACUUUGAUCAGCCGCGCGAGGAUGAAGAGGGCAUCUGCUGGACAUUCCUCAGGCUCCAUUGGCUGCUGACCGACUGGCAAAACAUCUUCGGCGAGGUAUUGGCCCGACUCGAUGAAUCAGAAGCCAACAGCCAUGGCCGUCAUCUCCCAGUGAAAAGCAGAACCCGACGGAUGCAUGUGGAGGUCGACAGGAUAUAUGAGCUAAAGGACUAUCUCCACUUCCAUACCAGGGCAUUCAAGAAGCUCCAGAAGCUGAAAGAUGACGUCCCCAAGAACGAGCAGCAGGAUCCGUUGUGGAAUGACAUUGAUGAUGCCGUCGAAGAUCUGGAGCAGUUUGACUCUACACUUGACGGCCUCAAAGAGCGUGAGUAACAGCAAGCCCACAUCGACAAGCGGAGACUGACCUUCUCAGGAUUCAAUAAUCUCAUCGAAUUAGAAUUCAACAUCACCAACGCAGAUCAGACGGAAAACUCGGCCUUUCUUUCCGCAGUCGCAACUUUGUUCCUCCCUGUCUCUUUCCUGGCAUCGCUGUUCGGUAUCACAACUGUCACCUGGCCCCCAAUUUGGUAUCUUUACAUCGCGAUUCCCGUAUUUGUGGUCUCAGCUGCUUUCACUGCCAUCUUUCCAUGGGCGAGGAAACGGAUUCAGAAAGGCUUGUCUCCGAUCGAAACUAGGCGUUUGCGGCUGGAGCCGAAUCAGUUCACGAUGCUUGGUAACGAGCUUCCGGACAAUGUGAACAUACCGACGGAGAAUCGACAGGGAAGAUUCAAGCAUAGACGGACGUCGACGGGCGCCGGUUUAAAGGGUGCUUCGCAGGAGAGACAGAGAAGAUCGCAGUCGAGAAAGAGAGGGAGCGAGAAAGAUUACUAA